UGCCACUCCAAGGCGCUGGCAUGGAAGUGAAACGUCAUCAUGCCAGGCAGGUGCAAAAGAAUGUCCAAGUCCAUGCGUUGGUGACCCCUAUGUGAUCUGGUUUGGUGUGGUCAUGAACAGAGUCCGGGCCCAUGACAGGCAACGUCAGCAGAAAGAGCAGGCAGGCAGGCAGACACGUCUUCGGUGUCGGGGUGUCGCCAUCCAGACAGAGAAACCCUACAAAUGCCUCGAGUGCGGGAAAGGGUUCAGUCUGAGCGCUGACCUCAUAAGACAUCAGAGCAUUCACACGGGAGAGAAGCCGUACACUUGCUCCGAGUGUGGGAAAAGCUUCAGUCAGAAUUCCCACCUCAUGGCUCAUAUCCGGACCCACACAGGCGAGAAGCCGCAUAAAUGUCUAGAGUGCGGGAAAGGUUUCAAUUGGAGCUCAGAGCUGAUCGCCCACGAGCGGAUUCACACGGGCGAGAAGCCAUACCAGUGCAUGUACUGCGAGAAGAGCUUCAGCGUCCGCUCAAGUCUUAGCAAGCAUGAGCGAACCCACACGGGGGAAAAACCAUAUAUUUGCCUCCAGUGCGGGAAGGGCUUCAUCCAACGAUCUAGCCUGGUAGCACAUGAGAGGUCCCACACGGGAGAGAAACCAUACACUUGUUCAGAGUGUGGGAAGCGUUUGAGCCAGAAGAGCACCCUCAUCCUGCACGAGAAGAGUCAUCGGGGAGAGAAACCCUACAAAUGCCUCACGUGUGGGAAAGGGUUCAGUUUGAGUGCGGACCUCAUAAGGCACCAGAUCAUCCACACGGGAGAGAAGCCAUACACUUGCUCUGAGUGCACAAAAAGCUUCAGCCAGAAGUCUCACCUCAUGGCUCAUAUCCGGACCCACACAGGUGAGAAGCCACAUAAAUGCCUGGAGUGCGGGAAGGGUUUCAAUUGGAGCUCAGAGCUGAUCGCCCACGAGCGGAUUCACACGGGCGAGAAGCCGUACCAGUGCAUGUACUGUGAGAAGAGCUUCAGCGUCCGCUCAAGUCUUAACAAGCACGAGCGAACCCACACAGGAGAAAAACCACACAUUUGCCUCCAGUGUGGUAAGGGUUUCAUCCAGCGGUCCAGUCUGAUAGCACACGAGAGGUCCCACACAGGCGAGAGACCUUAUAAGUGUUUAAAUUGCGGGAAGUGCUACCGGGAGAGAUCCCAGCUCGUUGCUCACGAGCAAAUGCACACCAUCGAAAAGCCGUAUGUCUGUACAGAGUGUGGGAGCUACUUCAAGGCUAAAUUGGCCCUGAUUCCACAUCAGAAAAUAAAGGGUAGGGGCUCUGGCUCUGUGUGUUUGGAAUGUGGGAAGAGCUUCAGUUGGAGUCGCAAUCUUCAUUUGCAUCAAAGCAUUCACACAGGAGAGAAGCCAUAUAAAUGCCAGCAGUGUGAAAAGAGCUUUUCUCAGAAGGGCCAACUAACAGUACAUCAGAGGAUUCACACUGGGGAGAAACCAUAUAAGUGUUUGGAGUGUGGAAAGAGCUUCAGUCGGAGUGACAAUCUCACUUUACAUCAAGCAGCUCAUACAGGGGAGAAGCCAUUUAAAUGCUCUGAUUGCAACAAGAGGUUUCCUAUUAAAUCAAGUCUUAUUACACAUAUGAGGAUUCAUACAGGGGAGAAGCCAUUUAAAUGCUCUGAUUGCAACAAGGCAUUUUCUGUUAAAUCAAGCCUUACUAUACAUAUGAGGAUCCAUACAGGACAAAAGCCAUAUAAAUGCUUGGAAUGUGGGAAGAGCUUCAGUCAGAGUACUGGUCUUACUUCACAUCAAAGAAUUCACACAGGAGACAAGCCUUAUAAAUGCUCAAAUUGUAACAAGAGUUUUACUCUCAAAACAAGCCUCACUAAACAUGAGAGGAGUCAUACAGGGAAGAAGCCAUAUAAAUGCUUGGAGUGUGGAAAAAGCUUCUCUCGGAAUGACUGCCUCACUCAACAUCAGAAGAUUCACUCAGGGGAGAAGCCAUAUCAAUGCUUGGAGUGUGGAAAAAGCUUCUCUUGGAAUUACUGCCUCACUGUACAUCAAAAGAUUCACACAGGGGAGAAGCCUUAUAAAUGUCUGGAGUGUGGGAAGAGCUUCUCUUGGAAUGUCUGCCUUACUCAGCAUCAAAGGAUUCACACAGGGGAGAAGCCAUAUAAAUGCUUGGAGUGUGGGAAGAGCUUUUCUCGGAAUCACCUACUAACAGUACAUCAUAGGACUCACACAGGGGAAAAGCCAUAUAAAUGCCUGGAGUGCGGAAAGAGCUUCCAUAAUAAUAGCUGUCUAACUGCACAUCACAGGAUUCACACAGGUGAAAAACCACAUAGAUGCUUGGAAUGUGGAAAGAGUUUCUCGCAGAAUGGUGACCUAAUUAAACAUCAAAGGAUUCACACAGGAGAGAAGCCAUAUAGUUGCUUGGAAUGUGGGAAGAACUUCUCUCACAAUGGUGACCUAAUUAAACAUCAAAGGAUUCACACAGGGGAAAAGCCAUAUAAAUGCUUGGAGUGUGGAAAGAGCUUCUCUAACAAUAGCUGUCUGACUGCACAUCAUAGGACUCACACGGGCGAGAAACCAUAUAGAUGCAAGGAAUGUGGGAAGAGCUUCUCUCAGAAUGGUGACCUAGUUAAACAUGAAAGGAUUCACACAGGGGAGAAGCCAUAUAAGUGCUUAGUGUGUGGAAAAAACUUCUCUCACAGUCAUCUGAUUAGGCAUGAAAGAGUCCACACAAGGGAGAAACGGUUUAAAUGCCUGGAAUGUGGAAAGAGCUUUGGUCGGGGCUCUCAUCUGAAAAGGCAUCAAAGCAUCCACACAGAGGAGAAGCCGUAUAAAUGCCUGGAGUGUGGAAAGGGCUUCAGUCGGAGCACAAACCUUAGCACGCAUCAAAGAAUACACACAGGGGAGAGGCUGUUUGAAUGCCCAGAAUGUGGAAAGGGCUUCAUUCGAAGAACUCAUCUGAAAAGACACCAAAGAAUCCAUGCAGAGGAGAAGCCAUAUAAAUGCCUGGAGUGUGGAAAGUGCUUCAAUCAGCGCACAAACCUUAAUACACACCAAAGAAUCCACAUAGGGAAGAAACAGUUUGAUUGCCAGGAAUGCGGAAAGAGCUUCAGUAACAUGUCUGAUCUUAAGAGGCACCACAGAAUCCACACUGGGGAAAAACCAUAUCAGUGCCUCGAGUGUGGAAAGAGUUUUAAUCAGAGCACCAGUCUUAGUACCCAUCAAAGAAUCCACACAGGAGAGAGGCCGUUUAAAUGCUCGUACUGCAGGAAAUGCUUUUUUGCCAAGUCAAGCUUGAAUAAACAUCAAAGAAUCCACACAAGUGAAAAGCCGUACCAGUGUCUGGAGUGUGGGAAAAGCUUUGAUCAGAGCGCAAGCCUUCAUACACAUCAAAGAAUCCACACAGAGGAGAGGCCAUACAAAUGCUCCUACUGUAACAGAAGCUACUUUGCUAAAUCUAGCUUUAAUAAACAUCAAAGAAUCCACACAGGAGAGAAGGGUGAGACCUGCACAGAGUGUGGGAAGUCUUUCCGAUGCAAGGCAGAAUUGACCGAACAUCAGCGCAUGCAUUCGGGAGAGAAACCCUACACAUGCUUGGAGUGUGGGAAAAGCUUCUGCCGAAGAAAUGUUCUCGUCGCUCAUCAGAGGAUCCACACGGGGGAGAAACCUUUCAACUGCCUGGACUGUGGGAAAAGCUUCAAUCAGCGAUCACAUCUAACGGCACACGAGCGGACCCACACUCAAGAGAAACCAUUCGCCUGUCCCGACUGCGGGCAGAGUUUUAGCAGGAGGACUGGACUCGUGGCUCAUCAGCGAAUUCACACAGGGGAAAAGCCCUACAGCUGCCUCGACUGUGGGAAAAGCUUUCGUCAGAGGUUCGACCUGAUCCGGCAUCAGAGGAUCCACACAGGCGAGAAACCACACGAAUGCCCCGACUGCUCGAAAAGCUUCCGGAACAAGUCAGCUUUCCUCGUCCACCGGAGGAUCCACACAGAGGAGAAGCCGUACCCAUGCUCGGGUUGCGGGAAGAGCUUCCGGCAUCGCACCAACCUCCUUGCGCACGAAAGAAUCCACACAGGGGAGAAGCCGUACAAGUGUACUGAAUGCGAGAAGAGGUUUGGAGACGGGUCUUCCUUGAUGAAGCACAAGCGAGCUCACACGGGAGAGAAACCAUACAAAUGUUUGGAGUGUGGGAAAAGCUUUUCUCAAAAUGCCGGCCUGCUCCAGCAUGAGAAGAUUCACACUGGAGAGAAACCCUUUGAAUGCUCCGACUGCCCGAAAAGCUUCCGGGAUAGAUCGGCAUUCAUCGUUCACCAGCGGACCCACACGCAUGAAAAACCGUACCAUUGCUCGGGUUGCGACAAGAGCUUCAGCCAUCGUUCCAACCUUCUGAAACAUGAGCGGAUCCACACGGGGGAGAAGCCGUACAAGUGUUUGGAAUGUGGGAAGAGCUUCACCCAGAAACCAAACCUCCUUGUGCAUGAGAGAACGCAUUCAAAAGAGAAAGUCUAUGUCUGCCUUGAAUGCGGGAAAUCUUUUCGGUGGCAAGCAGAGCUGAUUGCACAUGAAAGGACACACACAGGCGAGAAGCCGUACGAGUGCUUAGACUGUGGCCGGAGCUUCAGUUACAAAUCUCGCUUGAUCGCGCAUAAGAAAAUGCACACGGGGGAGAAGCCGUACAAAUGCCCAGAUUGUGGGAAAAGCUUCAGCCGGCAGCCCCACCUGAUUGCACACGAGCGGGUCCACACAGGGGAAAAGCCCUAUGUGUGCACAGACUGCGGCAGGAGCUUCAGCGACAGGUCGAAUUUAAACACUCACAAAAGGACCCACACAGGGGAGAAGCCGUAUCGGUGCUCGCAUUGCGGGAAAAGCUUCAGCCAGAGCUCGACUUGCAUGAAACACGAGCGGAUCCACACGGGAGAGAAGCCGUACAAAUGCACCAGCUGUGGAAAGAGCUUUUGCCAGCGAUCACAGCUGAUCAACCAUGAGAGAAUCCACACUGGUGAGAAGCCGUACAAAUGCUCUGUGUGCGGGAAACCGUUCAGCCGGAGGACAGACCUGGUGACUCAUCAGAGGCGACACACAGGGGAGAAGCCAUAUAAAUGCCUGGAGUGCGGAUGGAGCUUCAGUGCGGGAUCCAGCCUGAAAGAACAUAAGUGGACCCAUACAGGGGAGAGAGCACAUAAAUGUACCUACUGUGGGAAAAGUUUCACCCAGAUGACCGAGCGCAUGAAGCACGAAAGAACCCAUACGGGGGAGACCCAGUAUAAAUGUUCCGUUUGUGGGAAAACCUUUUGCCGAAGGAAUGUCCUCAUUACCCACCAGAGGAUACACACAGGGGAGAAACCAUACAAAUGCCUGGACUGUGGGAAAAGCUUCAGCCAGCGAUCGCACCUCAUUCUGCACGAGAGAACCCACACUGGGGAGAAACCGUACAAGUGUGCCGAUUGUGGGAAAAGCUUCAGCCAGCGCCCACACCUCGUCAAGCACGAGAGGAUCCACACAGGGGAGAAGCCCUACAAGUGCCCCUACUGCGGGAAGAGCUUCAGCGACCGGUCCACCCUGACGACGCACAAGCGGACUCACACCGGAGAGAAACCAUAUUCAUGCUCGGACUGUGGGAAAAGCUUCAGCGACCGAUCGUCCUUGAUCGCGCAUAACCGGACUCACACGGGCGAGAAGCCGUACAAAUGCUCGGAAUGCGGGAAGAGCUUCAGCCACCAGUCGACCCUCAUCCGACACGAGCGGAUCCACAACAGUGAGAAAUCCCUGAAAGACAACUCCUGCCACGUGUGCGGGAAGGCCUUCCGGCGGAGGUCGAACCUCAUCGCGCACGAGAGGACCCACUCGGGGGAGAGGUGGUACAACUGUUCGGACUGCGGGAAGAGCUUUGUCAGCCGGGCCGCCUUCCUGAUCCACCAGCGGGUACACACCGGGGAGAAGCCGUACAAGUGCUCGUACUGCGGGAAGGGGUUCAACACCGGCUCGAGCCUCACCCGGCACAAGAGGAUCCACACGGGCGAGAAGCCGUACGAAUGCUUGGGCUGCGGGAAGCGCUUCAGCCGGAGGUCGGACCUCAUUAGGCACCAAAGGAUCCACACGGGGGAGAAACCUCACAAAUGCUUCGACUGCGGGAAGAGUUUCUGCCAAAGGUCGCAGCUCCUCGGGCACCAGCGGACGCACACGGGGGAGAAGCCGUACGUCUGCCUGGCCUGCGGGAAGAGCUUCGCCCACCACUCGACCUUCAUCGCCCACAAGAGGACCCACACGGGGGAGAAGCCGUAUAAGUGCUCGGUGUGCGAGAAGAGCUUCGGCAACCGCUCGGUCCUGAUCAAGCACGAAAGGAUCCACACCGGUGAGAAGCCGUACCAGUGCUCCGAGUGCGGGAAGCGCUUUAGCAACCGGACCAGCCUGAAAUGUAACCUUCAGGCCCACGAGAGGACCCACACGGGAGAGAAGCCAUACAAGUGUUCGGUGUGCGGGAAGGGCUUCAGCACGAGAGCCUACCUGGUCACUCACGAGAGGAUCCACACGGGCGAGAAGCCCUACCAGUGCUCUGACUGCGGGAAGAGCUUCUGCGACAACUCCAACCUGAUCGUGCACAAGAGGACUCACACGGGGGAGAGGCCGUACAAAUGCACCGACUGCGGGAAGAGCUUCCGGGAACGGCCAGUCCUCAUCCGGCACCAAAGGAUCCACACAGGUGAGAAGCCGUACAAGUGCAGGGACUGCGGGAAGAGCUUCAGCCAGAGCUCGGGCCUCCUGGUGCACGAGAGGACUCACACGCGAGAGAAACCGUACACGUGCACCGACUGCGGGAAGAGCUUUGGGGGCAACUCGAACCUGCGGGUGCACAUGAGAAUCCACACGGGAGAGAAGCCCUACAAAUGCUCGGACUGCGGGAAGAUCUUCAGUGACCGGUCGUCCAUCCGCGCCCACCAGAAGAUGCACACGGGAGAGCGGCUGUACGAAUGCAUCUACUGCGGGAAGACCUUCAGCCAGCGCAGUCACUUUGAGAGCCACGAGAAGAUCCACACGGGGGUGAAGAGCCACAUGUGCCGCAAGUGCGGGCAGACAUUCGAACACCAGUCGGGACUUAUUGUCCAUCAAAUGAUCCACACGGCGGAGAGGCCCUACGAGUGUCUCGAGUGCGGGAAGAGCUUCUGCCAGAGGGAGAAUCUGCUCGCGCACCAGAAAAUCCAUCUGGGGGAGAGGCCCUACGAGUGCCUCCAGUGCGGGAAACACUUCAGCACCAGGUCCCAUCUCAUCACCCACCAGAGGAUCCACACGGGCGAGAAGCCCUACAAAUGCCUCCAUUGUGCGAAAAGCUUCAGCAAUAAGUCGUCCCUCGUCACCCACCAGAGAAUCCACACGGGAGAGAAGCCCUAUGAAUGCCUCGAGUGCGGGAAAAGCUUUUGUCAGAGCGGCCAGUUGAUCCGGCACCAGAGGAUCCACACAGGAGAGAAACCCUAUGCCUGCCCUCAGUGCGGGAAGGGAUUCUGCCAGAGGGGGCAACUGAUCAGGCACCAGCGAAUGCACACGGGGGAGAAACCUUUCGAAUGCCUCCAGUGCGGACAGCAGGCAAUCAUACCUCGAAUCCAGCUCCGCAUGCACACGGGAGAGAAGCCCUACGGGUGCUUGGAGUGUGGGAAAAACUUCUGCCAGAGCGCCCAGCUGAUCCGGCAUCAAAGAAUCCACACAGGGGAAAAGCCCUUUGAGUGCCCAGAGUGUGGGAAAAGUUUCUUCCAGAAAGAAAAGCUGGUAAGGCACCAGAGGACCCACACAGAGGUAAAGCCAUAUGAAUGCGCUGUGUGUCAGAAAACCUUUGUGCGGCAAGAUAAACUCUUUAAUCACCAGAAAUCUCAUGCAGGGUUUGAAAUGUUAUGAAUGAUUAAAAAAAAACAAAACACACCUCUUAUGAAUCUGGCAAAAUGUAUCUCAUUCCGUAUCUGAGAGGCAUUAAAAGAUCUUUGCCAUAACUUGGGCCCUUUCCCAAAUAUUAAAAAAAAGAUACCAGAAUGAAGUUUAAGAAUUGGAUCGCAGAGUCCUGGAAGAGAAGGAAAAACAGGUGCCGCGGGAAAAUAUAGUUUAUUUUUCGUUAUAGAGCCCUCUGUGUUUUGCACACUGCUUCAUUGGGGGACUUUGUUAAGUAUCAGUUUCUCUGUAUGUACCCGCUGUAAUAAGAUAAUGGACAGCUUCCUCCAGACUUUCAGAAGCGGAGCAGAAAGACAAUGCCUUUCACUUUUAAUUGACUGGCAAAUAUUCUGCUCCAUCUCAAACUUCACCUGUUCGGUAAUCCACAUGGACGAGAAAAUCUUGUCAUUGUUCUUGUCUGAAUCAGUGUGGCAUUAGGGCUGUUGCUCCUGCUCGGACCAGAAGAUACAAAGCCAUCUCACAAUUCUCUCUUGUGACCGCCUGAAUAGUUGUGAACAUGACAUCCAAAGAUUUUAACAUGGGCAACCCACUGCCGGUUGGACAUAUGAACCAGACCUCUCUUUCCAUUCUGACACAUUAUUUAUGCCAAUUUUCAGACGUGGGAAUAAACUUUCUAGAGGGCUUCUGUGUCUUUAAGCUGUAACCGGUGCUGUAACGAAAUUUCGGUCAUCAUAGAACGUCGUGAAUGGAAAAGACGUUUUCCAAGGAAAUGAUUUGUUAACUGAAAUUCUGGGAUGUUCCACUUGAAGCCAUUUGGUCGUUUUCACCACUGCUACCCUCUGUUUCCAUACCUGGUGCCGAUUCCAUGGCUGACACCGUCUCCUCUUCUGCUGAUGUCAUUGCCCCCCCGUUCUUCUGUGGCUGCGUCUUCAAGCAUGGGUGGCCUCGGCACUUUCAGAACUGAUUGGCAGUUUGGAGAGGGAAUGCAGGAAUCUGAUAGAUCAGAGGCUCGUUUUGACAAAGAAAUCAAAAUAAAUUAGAAGCUGUAGCUUUUGACUCAAACUUGUUGCAGAAGAAGGGUCCCACUGUCUGGAAUGAUUGCUCGCUUUGGGUUCCUGUG